AUGGGUAUGGUUGAAAGCGCGAUUGACGAGCUCAAUGAAUUGUGUAAACAACCGGAGCGAAUUAUCAGAUACGUCGAGCAAAAACACGACUCCCCCAGCGUGACUUGGGAACAACCAAGAAUCAGACGUCGAAGACGAAUGGAUGAUGAAAAUGCCGAAGACGAACCUGCUGAAACACCAGAAGAUCACUGGAAACGUAACACAUUUUACGUUUCUGUGGACACGAUCUUAAAUUCAUUGAAGAAUCGAUUUGAGAAAAACCAACCCUUGCUCCAAGCUUUUUCGUUGUUUGCUCCAAGCCGUUUCCCACAACUUGUGAAGAAUUUCAAAACCGCACAUGAUCUCCAAGCGUGCCUUAACACUUUUUGUGAAACGUACAAUAAUAACAAUAUAGAUGCGUUUAGAUGUGCUGACGAAUUGUUCAAUUUUGCUCGUUCUUUUGAGAAAUUCGACUGUUCAACUGUCUGCGAGCAAGAAGAAUGAUGACGGCGAAGACGACGAGGGCGACGAUGACUAUGAUGGCGAUGACGGCGAGGACAACGAUGAUGAUGAUGAGGAGGAGGAGGACGACGACGACGAAAUCUCAAGCACGUCAGAUAAUGAGCAGAGCGACAGCGGCGGCAAGAAAGCUGAAAAACAAACGAAGAAAAAAGUUCCAUCUUUCUCUGAAGCUCUUUCACUCCUGUGUAACCCAGAUUAUAGUUUGGUUGAUGCGUAUCCAACUCUCUGUCGCGUUUAUGCUAUUGCUGUGGCCAUCCCAGUUAGUUCGUCGACUGCAGAGCGUUCGUUUUCUGCACUCAAGAGAGUGAAGACUCGCAUUCGCUCAUCCAUGGUUCAGGAGAGACUUGA